AUGGGUCUCGAAGCCAACCACGCCUCCUCAUUCCUUGAUUCGCAAGAACUUGCUCUGGGUUUUUUUGCUGCAUUAUAUUCUCAUCUCUCUUCUCCUCUCUCAGUUUGGCAAAGCUUGAGAUAUGAUUUAAAGGAGGCCUUGUUCUUAAGAUCUUAUGAGGGAGCCUUGCGAUUCUUGCUUGUUUGGGCUCUUGGGUGUUUGGUUGAGGAGAUGGCGAGUGGAAAAGAUUUUUUGGGGAAGUGUUUUGCGAAGGACUCGAGAAAGCUGUGGACGGUUGAGAUGCUUCUGAGCCACCCCUUUGUUUUUGAUUAUGACACCGUUUUGGUGGAAGACAAGGAAGAGCUCUUUUGGUGGAUCACCAUCUCCAAGAAGCAAUUUUCAUUUCCCAUAUUGGGAUUCAAUGGCAGGUUAUGA